AAAACACAGCGCUCGGCGCGCGCGGCAACGCAGUAGCCGCCAUAACUGGCCCGAGGGAGGUCAUUUCUUCCGCCCCACGCCACCGCCGCAAGGGCAGCCAAGAUGAGCCAUGGCGGCGUCACCGCCUCGACGCGCAGUGAUUUAGAUGACAUCUCCGCUGUGGAACGAGACCUUAAAGACAGACAGGAGCAGUUCAUAAGAAGGGAGCGCGUCUACAAGAUGCGGCUGGAAGAACUGCGGAAGGAGCUUGGACAACUAAAAAACGACAAAAUCAGCUGGAUGAAGAGCGACCCGAACAUGGUCAAAAUUAGGGAGGCGCAGGCGGAAGUGCUCAAGAACGUGGGGUUGGUCCAGGGCGAGACGGCUUCAGCCGUGCAGGCCCAGGAGACGGAUUUACUGAAGCGGUUCCGCGGGAGGCUGCAAGUGGUCCAAGACGAGCUAGCUGCGGAGCGAAGAAAGGCCGGCGAAGGCGCCAAAGAAUGGAUCGCUCGAGCCACGGCCUUGGAGCACGAAGCGAAGACGGCGAAACAACGAGCUGAAGUGUUAGACAAGGCGAACCAGCGGCUAGGUAGGGAGAACGGCUUUCUCACGAGACAAUUCGAGAGCCAGGAAGACGACCGAGCCUUGCUCGUGAAGCAGUUGGUGAGUGUCAAGGAGGAGAAUGCAUCUCUAAGGAGCGAGGUCGACGAGAAGGAGGCCCUGGCGAAGGCAAGGGGCGACGCAUUACCUCCGUUACUAGCUCCCGCGCCGGCACCUGUAAUCGAGGAAAAGAAAGCCCCGGACGCCGAUACGACCUUCAAGGAGGCCACGCGGAAGCUCAAGAAAUUGUUGGAGGUGGAGAAGCGGCAUCUCGCGGAAGUGACCGAGGCGCACGAGAAAUGGAAGGCUUCGAGGACACCUUUAGAGCUCGCUCUACGGGAUGCGGUGGCCGUCGAGGCGGAAAGUGUCGCAGCGAGACUGGGAGGGAAGGCGCGGACAUCAAACGCGCCCGGCGCGCCGCUGGACUCGGCGACGCUCGCGGGCUUCGACGCGGAUGAUCGGGCGCGGGCUAUUGAAAGGUGGCUCUCGGCCGACGGCGUCCUCGACUCCUUGUAUCCCGAGGAGGUCGGCGGGCCGGCGCCGGCGGAGCAUAAGUAGCUUGUCCUGA